CAUCGGUGGUGGGGCCCACUUUCUUCCCAUUAGAAUCACCGAGGAAAGUAAAAAGAAAAGAAAAACGGAAAAGAACAUUCCCAUAUCGUAAAGGUACUUUCGUCUUUCUCAGCACUCACACCUCUAUCAUGAUAUCAUCUGUUCCUUCGAUCAAAUUCUAUAUUUAACUAAAACACAAAAAACACUGAAAAAAUACAAUGGCUCUCUCCGUGAACGGCGAGAUAGAAGAGAUGGUGGACUCGUCGUUCAACCGAUUCGACGUCGUCUCUGACGACUCUGACCACUCCUACCUCAACCUGAACCCUCCCAAAAAGGACUGCGGAGAUUGCUUCGUCAAUGGGAACGCUAGGACCCACAAGAAGAUCAUGCAAGAGUGGAGGAUCCUGGAGAAGAAUCUCCCGGAGUUGAUCUUCGUGCAAGCAUACGAGAAGCGCGUGGAUCUGCUCAGGGCCGUGAUCGUCGGCGCCGCUGGUACACCCUACCACGAUGGACUGUUCUUCUUCGACAUCGCCUUCCCCGCCGAUUACCCGACUCGCCCGCCCCAGGUCCAUUACCGCUCCUACGGGAUGAGACUCAACCCGAACCUGUACGCCAACGGGCGGGUGUGCUUGUCCCUACUCAACACCUGGGCCGGCAAGAAGAACGAGAAGUGGAACCCCUCCGAGUCCACUGUUCUCCAGGUUUUGCUCUCCAUCCAAGCGCUGGUUCUCAACGAAAAACCUUACUUUAACGAACCCGGUCAUGGGAUGCUGGGUCGGUCUAUCUGGGAGAAGAGGUCGCAGGCAUAUAACGAGGACGUGUUCAUCUUAUCGUGCAAGACAAUGCUGUUUUUGCUUCGAAGGCCACCGAAGAAUUAUGAGGGCUUCGUGGCCAGACAUUUUCGGGAGCGAGGGGACAUAAUACUAAGGGCUUGUGAUGCUUAUAGAGCUGGUAGUGUUAGAGUCGGGUAUUAUGGAAUACAUGGGUCAUCGUCUUCUUCGUCUUCAACGAUCAUUGAUGCGUCGGAAAAAUUCAAAAUGUCGAUAGGGAAGCUGUACCCGGAGCUUGUUGCUGCAUUUCAGAGGGUUGGGGCUUCCGUGGAAAAUUUCGUCGAGCGGUUGAAGGCGGAAAGCAAAACGGCUCCUUCCUCGAAGGCUCGAGUGGUUUUGAAAAAGAGUCAAAGGACGCGUGGAAUUGGGCUUACGAAGAAGUUCCUUCGGAGAAUGAUGGAGGUCUUGGGAUUGAAGAAGAGUGGAAAAAGCAAAGCAGAUGUGACCAAAAAGAAGUCUUCUUCUCGGAAGGUGCGGACAUCCACCACUGCGGUGGAAGAAACAGAGCGAGAGUGAGAGAAAAAUGAGGUGGGGGACACGAUUGGCAUUAUUUUUUUGUGGAAAAAAAGGGUUAUUUCUUAGGUAUGGGCUGUGUGAUGAUUCAGAUUUAAGGUAUAUAGUUUAGUCCCCCCAACUUGAUGUGACUCUUUAAUUUAAAGGCUAAAAUCACUUUUAUAA